CUCCGCCCCGGCUGGCUCGCUUCUCGACGCUCCAGCCCCAGAAAGGACUGUUUCCUUGCUGGCUACAGUGUUUGAGGGUUAGGUGCUGCCAGAGAAAUAACCAAGGAAGAGGCGUCUGUAUUUAGAAGGUGGAAAGUCGGAAGACUUCAAGAGUAUUGUCCUUCCUGAUACUGGUGGUCUGUAGCCAGAUAAUUCUGAUUUACCCUGACAGGAUUUUCUAAGAGUUCCACGUCUCUUUGAUCAAAUCCCAAGGAGAUAAGUUUUUCAUUUUCUUGAAAAAAAGGCAAAAAAUUUGUAACCAGUGGUAUUUACCAUCAUGGAGACCAAGAGCCCUAACAAUCCUCAGGAAAGACCCACACCCUGUACUAAUGGGAGGGUUUCAGAGGAAGACAAUCAUUUGUUGAUUAAAGCUACUAAAAAAGAUGACAUUGAGCUGGUCCAGCAAUUGCUAAAAAAAGGGGCUGAUGUCAAUUUCCAGGAUGAAGAAUGGGGCUGGUCACCUUUGCAUAAUGCAGUACAAAGUGGCAACGAGGACAUUGUGGAUCUUCUGCUUAACUAUGGUGCUGAGCCUUGUCUGCGGAAGAGGAAUGGGGCCACUCCCUUCAUAGUUGCUGGCAUCACUGGAAAUGUGAAGGUGCUCAAACUUUUACUUCCGAAAGUAGCAGAUGUCAAUGAGUGCGAUGUUCAUGGCUUCACAGCUUUCAUGGAAGCCUCUGCAUAUGGUAGAGUCAAAGCUUUAAGGUUUCUGUAUAAGAAUGGAGCAAAGGUGAAUUUGCAUCGAAAGACAAAGCAGGAUCAAGAGAAGAUUAGGAAAGGAGGGGCCACUGCUCUCAUGGAUGCUGCUGAAGAAGGGCAUGUAGAUGUUGUGAGGAUCCUCCUUCACGAGAUGGGGGCAGAUGUCAAUGCCCGAGACAAUAUGGGCAGAAAUGCUUUGACCUAUGCUCUUCUGAACUCUGACAAUGAGAAGGUGAAGGCCAUUACUCGCCUUCUGCUGGACUGUAAGGUUGAUGUCAGUGUGAGGGGGGAAGGAAAGAAGACGCCCCUGAUCCUGGCAGUGGAAAAGAAGAACCUGGGUUUGGUACAGAUGCUUCUGGAACAAAAACAUAUAGAGAUCAAUGACACAGACAAUGAGGGCAAAACAGCACUGCAUCUUGCUGUUGAACUCAAGCUGAAGGAAAUCGCCCAGUUGCUGUGCCACAAAGGAGCCAGAACAGAUUGUGGAGACCUUCUUGCCAUAGCAAGGCGCAAUUAUGACCAUGACCUUGCAAAGUUUCUUCGCCAGCAUGGAGCCGUAGAAGAUUUUCACCCUCCUGCUCAAGACUGGAAGCCGCAGAGCUCACGUUGGGGGGAAGCCCUGAAACAUCUCCACAGGAUAUACCGCCCUAUGAUUGGCAAACUUAAGAUCUUUAUUGAUGAAGAAUAUAAAAUUGCUGACACUUCUGAAGGGGGCAUCUACCUGGGGUUCUAUGAAGACCAAGAGGUAGCUGUGAAGCUAUUCUAUGAAGGCAGCACACAUGGACAAAAUGAAGUCUCCUUGUUGCAGAGCAACCGAAUCAACAGUAAUGUGGUGACAUUCUAUGGCAGUGAGAACUACAAGGGCUCUCUGUAUGUGUGCCUCGCCCUGUGUGAACACACACUGGAGGAGCACUUGGCCGACCACAGAGGGGAGGCUGUGCAAAAUAAGGAAGAUGAGUUUGCUCGAAAUGUCCUCUCAUCUCUAUUUAAGGCUGUUGAGGAACUACACCUGUCUGGAUACACUCACCAGGAUCUGCAGCCACAAAACAUGUUAAUAGAUUACAAGAAUGGUGCUUACCUGGCAGAUUUCGAUAAAAGCAUCAAGUGGACCGGAGAUCCACAGGAAAUCAAGAGAGAUCUAGAGGCCCUGGGACUGCUGGUCCUGUACGUGGUAAACCAGGGAGACAUUUCUUUUGAGAGUCUGAAGGAUCUAAGAACUGGAGAGUUGAUUCAACUUUCUCCAGAUGAGGAAACUUGGGACCUCAUUCAUCACCUGUUCUUCCCUGGGGACAAUGUGAAGGACCAUCUGAGUGGCCUGCUGGGUCAUCCCUUCUUUUGGAGUUGGGCGAGCCGCUACAGGACCCUUAGGGAUGUGGGAAAUGAAUCAGACAUCAAAACGAGAAAUGCUAAUGGCAAGAUCCUCCAGCUUCUGCAACCUGGAACAUCUGAAUUUUCCACAAGUUUUGCCCAGUGGACAACUAAGAGAAACAGUACUACAGGCAACAGAAAGGAGAAAUCCAACCUCAAGACUGAAGUGCUAAAAAAAGUGGUUGCAAAAGUAGAAAUAAGAGAAGUAUAGAGCACAAAGCACAGAAGAAGCAGGUGAUGAAAGCUAUUGUUUCCCUUCUUUUCUCACUCUCCACUCAGUGUUAAAUGGAGCAUUAUUUUCAGACCAUAUAGGAAAGUCAUUCUCUUGAAGGUUAAUUAUCUGGCCUUUACUUUCUGUUUGAAAGCAGAAGCAAGGUUUGAGAAAAUGCAGUGGUGUUGGGUAAAUUAUCAAUCAAAGCCCAAAGGUCCAGAGGCAUAAGAAGGAAGGACAGAAUUGGAAUGAAGAGGAAAGUACAAAUAAAAUGCUAAAUAUCACUAGAGAGAUAAAGGUUAUGGAGGUAAUGGAAUGUUAUCAGUCAUCAGAUGUGAUGAUACAGGUGGGUUCUAAGGUGCAAAAAUGUAAUUUUAAAAAGUGUUUCCAGGGGCUUCCCUGGUG